GCGUAGACCGCCGCCUGUGACGGACGUCCCGCGUUCCCAGUGGUUUCAAAUCGUACUUUGUUUCUCGUAUUUAUUCAAUAACUUACAUUUUUCGGAUUGGUUCUGGUUUUGAAGUGAAUUGUUCUGGAUUUGUGGAUCAUAAUGCCUUAGGUAAAAAUACCAGCCAGUUAGAAAAACGAUGUGUUUGAAAAGUGAAGUGUUGAGUGUUCUAGAAUAUCGUUUGUGAAGUGAGUGACCAUGACGUCAUAUCCGGAGCAUUUCAACGACACCGUCGUGAAGGUGGUGGAUGAAGGGUUUCCACUCCUCAUGCCGAGGUGGGGGUAUGUGGUCUCCGCAUUUGUCCUGUUCCUCAUCGGAUUCUUUGGGUUCUUCCUGAAUCUGAUGGUGAUAUUACUCAUGUUUAAGGAUCGACAGCUAUGGACACCGCUCAACAUAAUCUUGUUCAACCUGGUCUGUUCGGAUUUCUCCGUGUCCGUCCUAGGGAACCCGUUCACGCUCAUAUCAGCGCUGUUCCACCGGUGGAUCUUCGGGAAGACCAUGUGUGUGCUGUACGGGUUCUUCAUGGCUCUUUUAGGAAUAACUUCAAUAACUACGUUAACAGUAAUAUCUUUCGAGAGGUAUAUGAUGGUGACUAGGCCUCUCAAUUCGAGGCAUCUGAGUUCUAAAGGUGCUAUAAUGUCUAUAGUGUUCAUUUGGACGUACUCGUUGGCGCUUACCACUCCGCCCCUGAUGGGAUGGGGGCAUUACGUCAAUGAAGCUGCUAAUAUAAGUUGUUCGGUGAACUGGCACGAGCAGUCCAUGAACACACUGACAUACAUAAUGUUCCUGUUCGCGAUGGGGCAGAUAGUGCCUCUAGCUGUCAUCACCUUCAGCUACGUUAAUAUCAUCAGGACUUUGAAGAGGAAUUCUCAGCGCUUAGGCCGAGUUUCCCGAGCAGAAGCAAAGGCCACAGCCAUGGUGUUCAUUAUGAUAGUGUCCUUCACAGUCGCGUGGACACCCUACUCGCUGUUCGCGCUAAUGGAGCAGUUUGCCACAGAAGGCAUCGUCUCACCAGGAGCUGGGGUCAUACCAGCACUAGUUGCCAAGAGUUCCAUCUGCUACGACCCACUCAUUUACGUCGGCAUGAAUACACAAUUCAGAAACUCAAUCAAAAGGAUAUUCGGAAUCCAUACCAAGAGCAAGAAUUCUCAAGCUGAAAAAGGUUAUAACAAUACUCUAACGUCACCGGCCAACAAAUUAUCCAGCCUCAACAAUACCACUCGCUUCAAUUCAUCAGAAACCAAUUUAUCCAGUACGCACAAACAUUCCAAAGGUAAAAAAAUCGUCUUCAACGACGACGUAUCAGAAAUGACAACUAACGAGUAUCACCGAACGUUCACGAGAGAUCCCGAUCUCUGCACCAUACCAGAGAGCAGAAACUCAGACGCGGAGAGGUCUGGUGACACCGUAUACGAUGAAGAUAGUAGUAACAAUAGCAAUGUUAAAAAACUAGACCUGUUCGGAGAAUCCUGCAAAGUGAUUAAUGAAAGAUCUCCAGUGUUAACUUUUAUGGACUCUGAACGCUUACUGUUCACGAAAGCCCCCGAGCACGUGUGCGCCGAGGCGAGCGCCAGCAAUGUGUUCGGCAACGAGGCGUACGAAGAUCAUUCGACCGACAAAACCAAUAAAGACCCUCACCAAAUUGAAGCCGACCAACAAAACGCCGAAACGCAAAAGAUAAUACGGCAAAGUUACUCCUUAGACUUUCCUCGCCUAGCCAAUGAUAAUAAAAAAAGAAAACUCUCGAUAGAAACAAAAUUGGAAAGUUUUAUUCAACCGAAAGGUUUUUUCAAGGAUACUAUUAAUAAACUAUUUGAUCAGGAGUCGAAGCAAGGUCAUGACAAACUCAAAAGUUAUCUAUGCGAGACGAAGGAGGAAAUUGGGCACGACAACUUGUAGUUCUAGAGAGGCAUCACUCUUGUGGGAUCAAUGUCAAAUUAUUAGAAAAUAUCGGUAUACUGACAGGGAGAUAUUGUAUUCACUUUAAAUAUCGAUAAGCGAUUUCAGUCUAGUGUCGCCGCACUAACGACUAACCAGAUUAAUGGAAGCGUCUGCAUAGAAGAAAUUGCACUAGAUUCAAUUUCACUAUCAUUUACAAAGUCUAGAAAAAAAUCUGAAUAGACAAAGCUUUUCUGUCUUUAAUCGAAGGAAGAAGGUUUUCGCACCUGGCAAUUCUCAAACUAUUUCGAUAGUAAAAAAGCAAAUGUUCUAAAAGUAUAUUCAAAGAGGGUAGAGCGGUGCUGACCUACAGUGAAACGUACGUACUUUCAUAAGAAUGACGGUAUUAGUCAAAGAUCUGUGAUAUAGAUACGAGUGCCAAGGUAAAAAAUAAGAAAAUUUAUUUUUGGGAACGAAAAAAAUGUAGUACUAAGUAUAAUGAUAUAAAUAAUUGUUCUAGAUUAUGAUAGCUUUAUAAGAUUUAGGUGAUUUUAGUUGCUUUUUGUCGCACAUAUGUUGAUAGUAAGGUUCGUUUAAUAACUGUCAUGUCAGACCAUUUGCUGCG